ACCUCACCUGACAGCCCAGCAAACACACCCCAAGGCCUGUGAGCUGAAGUGAGCCAUAAACCAGUCAUGCUCCCAUCCCCCAGCGUGAUGGGUAAAGAGCAAAUCCUCCAUUGGAGACCAAAUGGUUAAGUUGGGUGGGGUGACAGCAGUUUAACCCUCAACGUCACACUGAUGACUUAAAUUUCUACAAGAAAAAAGAGGAGACAAAAUGAAAGAGGCAGAAAAAACUGCUGGGCUGGCAGAAAAGUAGGCAACACAAACUCUGAAAGGACAUCCCAACUCACACACAUUCGUCCUCCCACCAUCAACGCAUGCUCCAUCCUCUCGGUUCAACCGGUGUAUGUCCAAGGUGCAGCCUUGGGGGAAUCAGACCAACAACAAUACAAGACUGACCAGGUCAGCUCAGUCUUGACCACAUCAGAGCCACUGACAAACAUCAGAGCUAAUCACUGGAAGAACAGAGGAACCAAAGCUCACCUGGCUGCAUGCAGACCACUCACAUCAGUUGGAGAAGCAGAUUGGACAGUGAAAUGGCACUUCUCCUGAGUCUUCUCUGCAUCUUGUGCCUGGUCAGCCCAGCUAUUAGCCAGGACAUGCUUUACGAGGAAUUUUUGGCCCAGGUCCAAGCCUGCCCUAAAGAGUGUCGCUGUCCUCCCAAUUUCCCUCGUGCUGUCUACUGUGACAAUAAAGGCCUGACGAGCGUCCCCAAAAUCCCUCCACACACAUGGUAUCUCUACUUGCAGAACAAUUUAAUAGAAGUGCUGUCAGCUGAUGCCUUGCGUAACGCCACACAGCUGCGCUGGCUGAACCUAAACCGCAACAAAAUCACUAGUGAAGGACUGGAAGAAGGUGUCUUGAAUUCAAUGUCUCACCUGGUGCACCUAUACAUGGAUGACAACCUUUUGUCUUCGGUGCCGUCUCCCCUGCCAGCCACCCUGGAGCAUCUACGUCUCUCUCGCAACCGCAUUUCCAAGAUCCCUGCUGGCGUCUUCAUUGGUCUGGAUAAGCUUAACCUCCUGGACCUCCAGGGGAACAAGCUGAUGGAUGAUGCUGUGACUGAGGUGAGCCUGAAGGGUCUAAACAACCUAGUACAGAUCAACCUAGCCAAGAACCAGCUGACAAGCAUGCCUCUUGGCCUACCACCCACCACCACUCAACUUUUCCUUGAUGGCAACAACAUUGAGAAGAUCCCAGUUGGCUACUUCAAAGGUUUACCCAAAGUGGCAUUUCUGAGGCUCAACCACAACAAACUUGGCAGCAGUGGAGUUCCCAAAAAUGUGUUUAAUGUCUCCAGCAUUUUGGAAUUGCAGCUGUCCCAUAACCAGCUGACUGAGGUGCCCCUCAUUCCCUCAGGCCUUGAACACCUUCACCUUGACCACAACAAGAUCAAAAGUGUAAGUGGCUCCAAUGUCUGCCCUGUCUCCGUUGACGCUGUUGACGACUCUGUCAAUGACAGUGUUCCUCGAUUGCGCUACCUCCGACUGGAUGGCAACGAGAUUAAGCCACCAAUUCCUAGGGAUGUCAUCCUCUGCUUCCGUCACCUUAGGUCGAUUGUCAUCUAAGAAAAGGAAAAUCAUUUGUUGUUAUGUUGUUGGAAAAUUCUAAUUUCUCACAACCAAUGACUUGGCAGUGUGGAUGCUGGUCUGAUAAAUGAGACCUGUGAAACUGUACAUCAAAAAUGGUGACAUGAGUAAUAUUUGCAUGUUUGUGAAAUAUUUGACACUAGUUGGAAUCAACUUAUUCUAUUGUUGUGUCUUGAAGAAAAGCUAAUUUUUCAGUUCCAGAAAAUCUUAUUUUUCCAGUAGAAUUUUGAUAAAAUCCAAAAGUGACAACAAAGUCGAUAAGGAACUGAUUGGUUCAGAUGCUUUAAUUGAGGCUGCAAUCUGUUGACCACUAGUUGUGCCUUAUAUUGGUGUCAACAUCUGCAUGUAGAAUUCUGAACCAAAAUCUAUUACAACAUAGCAUGACUGUGAUUUAGGGGGACUAUAUGUAUUUAUGGCAUGUGGACAUCUUUGAGGACUCAUUGUCAUUAUUCUUUCUUGAGCAGGAGGCAGACCUUAUGAAUGAGAAGGGAAAUAUCACUAGGGUUUUUUUCUUUUGUUACAGGAAAACUUUUUACUGCUUUAUAUUUGUAGACUUGAAGCCAAAUGAAUGGUCUUGUGUUCUUGUCAACUUGAGGAAAUUACUCUAUUCUACAAUUAUGCACAUUUACUGUAGGUAAUUUAUUUUUAUUUAAUAUUGUUUGAGAAAAAAAAGUACAAAAAAGUACAAACAUGAGAGUCCUGUGAAUAUUCAUGGCCAAUAUUCCUUAAUGUUUUGUAUGCAAAAGAAAUGUGAUAACUAUUUUUUAAAAAAUGCCAACACACUAAAUUCUUAAUUCUGGUCAUUAUUUUUCUGAAUUAGUUGAGCAAGAGAUUUCAUUUUAAUUGUCUUCAAUUUAAAUAAAAUUUCAAAAAAUGAAAA